CUGAUUUGUGACAUUCAUGAACAACAAUACGGCAUAUAAUUGUUAUAGGGCAAUCUAUGAAUUUCGCAAAAGUCGAGUUUAAGGCGGCAUGAUGAAUGCAACAGUUUGGCAUCUAUGUAGUGUUAUUUGUUUAUACUUAGGUGGAUGUAAAGGCGGUUUUUGUACUCAGAACUACUCAUGUUCAUCAACUUGUUACCGUAAAUCUACAUACUACACAAGUUGUGGCUUCUUGUGGCUGUCCAGAUGUACAAAAUACAGAUCUAUAUCCUAUACCUGCUACAAGGACUGCAGUCGGAGCGUGUGUUGUACCGGAUAUACAGGGCGGUUAUGCACGCAAGCAACUUGUUUCGGAUCUACCAGUUGCCCAAAUGGUGGAACGUGUACUGCUCCGAACACAUGUAGUUGCCUUAUAGGCUAUUCCGGCACAAAGUGUUCAGCAACUUGUUUCGGAUCGACCAAUUGUCCAAACGGCGGAACGUGUAUUGCCCCGAACACGUGUAGUUGCCGUACAGGCUACUCUGGCACAAAGUGUUCAGCAACUUGUUUCGGAUCGACUAGUUGCCCAAACGGCGGAACGUGUAUUGCUCCGAACACGUGUAGUUGCCUUACAGGCUAUUCCGGCACAAAGUGUUCAGGUUUCUGUGGGAGAAAAGGUUUAAUUGUCGGUCAGAAAUCCUAA